AGCAGCCGCAAUCUGUUCUCCCCGACAGACGGCGAAGGCAAGGUUUAAAAUGCGGGAACUGGAAUUUGGACAUCUCUCGCAAUUCCAGGGCGACCUCGGAAAAAGCCGUUCUUGUAAAUUUACGCGUAUCAUCUCUUCGUCUCUUUCAUGCGAGAAAGCGGACGAAGGGAGAGGAAGAGAAGAGAAAGCGGACGUCCGGGCGAAGGAAAAGGAGAGGAGGAAGAAAAGAUCUUUGGACCGCGAUUGAGGCCGCUGAAGGGAAAAGAUCUCUUCUUUUUGAAGGCCGAGCCCUCUCCCUCUCUCGAACUGUCGUCGUCGGCGCCGCACUGAUCGAAUCCUGAGGCAGGGAGACGGAGAGGUGGACUUUUUGGUUGGGGUUUUGAAUGGUGUUGGAGGAGGGCGGAUUGAGAAGCUUAUUGGGAUCUUGACCAGUUGAGUUCCGAAAUGGCGGCUGCAGUCCACGUUGAAGUAGAAGCCCAGGUUUGGGUCGAGGAUCCAGAUGUAGCUUGGAUAGAUGGAGAGGUCAUUGAGGUCAAUGGCGACCAAAUUAAGGUCAAGUGUACUUCUGGAAAGACGGUCAUUGCCAAGGUGUCCAAUGUCUAUCCUAAGGAUGCUGAAGCAUCUCCUUGCGGUGUUGACGAUAUGACAAAGUUAGCUUAUUUGCACGAACCAGGAGUUGUUCAGAACUUAAAAUCAAGAUAUGACAUAAACGAAAUCUAUACAUACACUGGAAAUAUAUUGAUUGCUGUGAAUCCUUUUCGAAGAUUCCCUCAUCUUUAUGACAGCCAUAUGAUGGAACAAUAUAAAAGGGCAGCAUUUGGUGAGCUAAGCCCCCAUCCUUUUGCUGUUGCGGAUGCUGCAUAUAGACUUAUGAUUAAUGAGGGAGUAAGCCAAUCAAUUUUAGUAAGUGGAGAAAGUGGGGCUGGUAAAACAGAAAGCACCAAAUUGCUUAUGCGUUAUCUUGCUUAUGUGGGAGGUAGAGCUGCUGCUGAAGGGAGGACUGUGGAGCAGCAAGUACUGGAGUCCAAUCCUGUCCUUGAAGCAUUUGGCAAUGCAAAGACUGUGCGAAACAAUAACUCGAGUCGUUUCGGCAAAUUUGUUGAGAUUCAAUUUGAUCAGAGGGGUAGGAUUUCGGGAGCGGCUAUCAGGACAUACCUGCUUGAAAGAUCUCGUGUCUGUCAAAUAUCUGAUCCUGAGAGAAAUUACCACUGUUUUUACAUGCUUUGUUCUGCUCCACCAGAGGACAUUGAGAGGUAUAAACUGGAAAAUCCCAGAACAUUUCAUUAUCUUAACCAGUCUAACUGCUUUGAGCUUGAUGAAGUAGAUGAUUCUAAGGAAUAUUUGGCAACUAGAAGGGCUAUGGAUGUUGUUGGAAUUAGUUCUGAUGAACAGGAUGCAAUAUUCCGGGUUCUGGCUGCGAUUCUUCAUCUAGGCAAUAUUGAAUUUUCUGAAGGAAAGGAAAUAGAUUCAUCCAUACCCAAAGAUGAAAACUCCUGGUUCCAUCUAAGAACUGCUGCUGAGCUUUUUAUGUGCAAUGUAAAGGUGCUUGAGGAUUCAUUGUGUAAGCGUAUCAUUGUAACUCGCGAUGAGAGCAUUACAAAAGGUCUAGAUCCAGAAGCUGCAGUUCUUCGUAGAGAUGCUUUGGCAAAGAUUGUUUACUCACGGUUAUUUGAUUGGAUUGUGAAUAAGAUUAACAACUCAAUUGGUCAAGAUCCUAACUCAAAAUUCCUGAUUGGGGUGCUGGAUAUUUAUGGCUUCGAAAGUUUCAAGACAAACAGCUUUGAGCAAUUUUGUAUUAAUCUUACAAAUGAAAAACUGCAGCAACAUUUUAAUCAGCAUGUUUUUAAAAUGGAGCAGGAAGAGUAUACCAAAGAGGAAAUCAACUGGAGUUAUAUUGAGUUCAUUGACAACCAGGAUGUUCUUGAUCUUAUUGAGAAGAAACGUGGCGGGAUCAUUGCUCUUCUGGAUGAAGCUUGCUUGUUGCCAAGAUCAACGCAUGAAACAUUUGCCCAGAAGCUCUACCAGACUUUUAAAAAUCAUCAACGCUUUAGCAAGCCCAAACUAACUCGUUCUGACUUUAUCAUUCGUCACUAUGCUGGUGAUGUCACUUAUCAGACAGAGCUGUUCUUAGACAAGAACAAAGAUUAUGUUGUUGCUGAGCAUCAAGCACUCUUGAGUGCUUCUAAAUGCCCCUUUGUUUCGGGUCUGUUUCCUCCUCUCUCUGAGGACUCAUCUAAAUCUUCAAAGUUUUCAUCGAUAGGCUCAAGGUUUAAGCAACAACUGCAAGCUUUACUAGAAACUCUAAAUGCCACUGAGCCGCACUAUAUCCGCUGCGUUAAACCUAAUAACCAUCUUAAGCCAGGAAUUUUUGAGAAUAUCAAUGUUCUGCAGCAGCUACGAUGUGGGGUGCUGGAGGCAAUUAGAAUAAGCUGUGCUGGAUAUCCAACAAGACGUGCAUUUGAUGAAUUUGUAUAUCGUUUUGGCAUUCUUGCACCUGAAGUUUUGGAUGGAAGUUGUGAUGAGAUCACUGCUACAAAGAGGUUGCUAGAGAAGGUGGAUCUUAAAGGCUAUCAGGUAACUAUGGAAGUCAACACUUCUUUGCAAGUUUCAAGAUUGACUCUGCCAAAAUAUUUAAUUAUUGACACAUUUCUUAGAAAGGCCUUUGUCAAUUUUUCUAUCAUAACAUACAAUUCUACAUUUUGUAAGCUCAUGCUUAUUUAUAGUUCAUCUUGAAUUAAACCAGUUUACACAGAACGUGCUCUGAUUCUAUAUAUAAAGCAUUUUUUUGAAACUUGUUGUAAACUUAAAAAUGGUGUAAGAAGACGUAAAGGAGGAACAAUUAAAGGAAGUAC